UUCUCCUGUUGUCAACUUAUGGAGUCAUUUGCCUCUAAUAAGCUUCCUUUUCUUUCACUGUUUUGGCUUGUGUUCCUCAGUCCUCUAGUGUGCUGUCAACUUUACUAUAACUUCUAUGACUCAACUUGUCCAAACCUCACCGGAAUUGUUCGAUACAACGUGUUGUCAGCUAUGGCCAAGGACGCAAGGAUUGCUGCUUCUCUCUUACGCCUUCAUUUUCAUGAUUGUUUCGUUCUUGGAUGUGAUGCAUCGGUGCUGCUAGAUGACACGGAUACUCUAAAGGGGGAGAAAAAUGCACUGCCUAAUAAAAACUCACUCAGAGGAUUUGAACUGAUUGACACAAUCAAGGCCAACUUGGAAAAGGCUUGUCCUUCCACUGUGUCAUGUGCUGAUAUACUAACUCUAGCAGCAAGAGAAGCUGUUUAUCUUAGCAGAGGUCCAUUUUGGUCUGUGCCUCUUGGACGUAGAGAUGGUACGACAGCAAGUGAGAGCGAGGCAAAUAACUUGCCAUCACCCUUUGAACCUUUAGAAAACAUUACGGCCAAGUUUAUAUCAAAGGGUCUUGAAAAGAAGGAUGUAGCAAUACUCUCAGGUGCACACACUUUUGGAUUUGCUCAAUGCUUCACGUUCAAGCCGAGGCUCUUCGACUUUGGUGGGUCUGGUAAAUCUGAUCCAGCACUAGAUGAGUCAGUUGUAGAGAGUUUAAAAAAAGUGUGUCCAAACCAAGCUGAUUCUGACACCAAUUUGGCUCCCUUGGAUCCCGUGACUACUAACACAUUUGACAACAGUUACUACAAAAACAUUGUGAACAAGUCGGGUUUACUUCAGUCGGACCAGGCUCUUUUGGGUGACACUGCAACUGCUUCAUUGGUCAACAACUAUAGCAAGUGGCCUAUUCUGUUCUUUAGAGACUUUGCUGUUUCUAUAGAGAAAAUGGGACGCUUAGGUGCCCUUACAGGACAACAAGGCCAAAUAAGGGCAAACUGUAGGGCUGUCAACUAAAUAACUCUUAUUUCUGUUCAAAUUUAAGUAAUGUAUGCAACUUUCAAAAAAUAAAAGAAAAAUAUGUGCAGUUUGUUACAAUUUAUGGUUCAGAUAUACCAAUUAAUAAACAAUAAACCAGUU